AUGUCAUCUACACCAGCAGCAUCUGCAGACGAUAUCGCCAAACACGGUUGGAAUGCCGUUCCAGUCGACGGUAACGCCAUCCUCAACGGCAAGCCAUAUCUUCACAAACCUUCCCCUUUAACCGUGAAGGAUAUACCUUUUCCGUCAGAUGACUCCACCGUCACAGGAGUUCAAGAAUACGCGAAAAAGCACCUCAUCGAGCAGACAUACAAUCACUCGAUGCGAGUCUACCAUUGGGGAUAUUCCAUUUUGAAAGAUCAAUUUCCCGAAGAAUUCGGCAAACUCUCACUAUCCACGUGGGCGCUAACAUGCCUCCUCCACGACAUCGGUACCACUUACGAUAAUCUGCGGAGCACGUUGAUGUCGUUUGAGUUCUACGGAGGUAUCCUCGCCUUGAAUCUUACGAAGGAGCUUGGUGCACCACCAGCCCAAGCCGAAGCCGUGGCCGAAGCUAUCAUCCGUCACCAAGACCUAGGGACCGUUGGUACGAUCACAUUUCUAGGACAGGUCAUCCAAUUGGCUACUAUCUACGACAAUAUGGGUAUUAACCCACAGAUCAUUGAUCCGAUCACUAGGGAUGAUGUGAAUAAGGCAUACCCGAGGAAGGGGUGGAGCGGGUGCUUCUCGAAGACGAUCCGGGAGGAAAAUGGACUUAAGCCAUGGGCACAUACUACACACCUUGGCGAAGAAGAUUUUCCCGAGGGGGUGAAGAAUAAUGAACUCAUGAAACCGUAUGAUAGCUGGGGGCUCUGA